UUCUGAAGAAGUUACAAAACCCAUAAACAAGACUCACAGAACCCAAAUAUAAACGCAAAGAUUUCGGAAGAGGAACCGAGGAGAGACAGAGGAGACGGGAUUUCAGACAUCAACAAUGGCAGAUAAGGAAGCAGAGCCUGGCAAAAUGAACUCAAAGCUUGCUGGGGCGGCGGCGGCGCGCCCCACGAUAACUCUUCCUCCAAGACCGGCUAUGGAUACCUUUUUUCUUGGUGGGUUGGGGAUUAGUCCGGGACCUAUGACACUCGUGUCCAAUUUGUUCUCUGACAACUACCCUGAUGGAGCAGACUACCGGUCCUUCUCUCAGCUCCUGGCGGGCGCCAUGGUCUCACCGGUGCCUGGAACGGCGUUUUCUGUGAACGUUUCGACGGUUAAUUCGUUGGUGGAUGGAGGUGAGAAAGAUUCUGGCUUUAAGCAGAGUAAGCCGUUGAAUUUGGUGGUGGCUAGGUCUCCAUUAUUCACGGUGCCUCCUGGGUUGAGCCCUUCAGGUCUGCUUAACUCACCUGGGUUCUUCCCUCUGUCACCUCAGAGCCCUUUUGGAAUAUCCCAUCAGCAAGCAUUGGCACAUGUUACAGCUCAAGCUGCUCUUGCGCAGUCUCAAAUGCGAGUGCAAGCAGAUUAUCAACCUUUAUCAGUGGUAGGUCCUUCAGAGUCACUAACACGUAAUCCGUCCUUAAAUCCUGAUGAAGCUUCACAGCAGAUGCCUACUUCAACCUCCAACCUUCAAAACUCUAUGAUAGAAUCUUCAGAGGCCUCUCAAUCUGAUAGGAAAAGCCAACCUUCUUCACUUCCUGUGGAUAAGCCUACUGAUGAUGGCUAUAACUGGCGUAAGUAUGGGCAGAAGCCAAUUAAAGGCUGUGAGUAUCCCCGAAGCUACUACAAGUGCACAUAUUUGAACUGCCCUGUCAAAAAGAAGGUUGAGCGAUCAGCUGAUGGUCAAAUAACUGAGAUUAUCUACAAAGGACAGCACAACCAUGAAAUGCCUCAGCCAAGUAGACAAGCAAAAGGUGCUAGUGAAAUAAAUGGAAAUGCAAACUCCCAGGCUAAGCCUAAGGUUGAUUCAGAUGGUCUGGCUGGGAAUUUGAGCAACUUAGGUGGAAACCUACCCACUCAUUCAGUUCAUACGAAAAAUCUGGAAUCUACUGCAGAGUUACCUGGCUCAAGUGACAGUGAGGAGGUAGGUGAUGAAGACAUCAGAGAAAGAAAUGAUGAUGAGCCAAACCCAAAAAGAAGGAACACUGCUGGAGAAACAGCAGUACCACCGUCACAUAAAACGGUCACAGAACCAAAAAUCAUUGUGCAAACAAGAAGUGAAGUUGAUCUUUUAGAUGAUGGAUACAGGUGGCGCAAAUAUGGCCAGAAAGUGGUCAAAGGGAACCCUCAUCCGAGGAGUUAUUAUAAAUGCACAAGUGCAGGAUGCAACGUUCGGAAGCAUGUUGAGAGAGCUUCAACAGAUCCGAAAGCUGUGAUAACUACAUAUGAGGGAAAACAUAAUCACGAUGUCCCAGCAGCCAGAAACAGCAGCCACAACAUUGCUAACAGCAGUGCAAUGCAGUUAAAACCAGACAAAGUGGUCACCGAGCCCAUACUUAAAGAAGGGGAUUUUGGUAACAACCAAAGACCAAUUCUCCUUCAGCUCAAAGAAGAGCAAGUAAGAGUCUGAAUUCUCAAGUGCUUCCCUGAAAUCCGUCAAGCAAUCAAAUGAAGAAGCAGCAGCUUACUCAAGGUACUAACAGUGUUACGAAACUGAGAAAAUGCAAGCCUUAAGGAGAUCAUGCAAAUAAUGGAUGCAGAACCUUCAUCGAAAGUUGCUGCUGCAUGUAAUGUCAUUAACCAAAAGGCGAUAUCAACUUCCAACUACUUUUGUAUCUUCAAAUCCAUAAGAGAUGUUGUAUAUUAUUGUCACCUUCCCUGACAGGGUAACAGACUAAGAUGUUUGUUCACGCACCAGGAUACUACAUGACAGCAGCUUUUAAAGUGUGUAGCUGAUUAUUCGGUUCAUGAAAGCUGGGUAACCACAUUAGCCUGUAGAUGGACCAAUCCAUUAAAACACCUUCUUGUGGGAUUAUGGUUAUAUUAAUCUUUUGGGCCUGUUGUUUUGUAAUCCAGAUUGCAUAAUAAUUUCUAGUUAUUUCU